UGCCUGUUUCGAGUGGUCUUCAAAAUUCUCACUAACAUAAAGGUUCCAACCAAGGCAGGCAAGUAUUUGAACAAAAUUUGUGAAAUAUAUAUACACAUUAUAAAUAAAAUGACACAUUUUGCAUCCAGAAUUUGGUGUUUAGGUUUUUGCCUAAUAUUUUUGUCGGUUAUACAAACUAGAGUCAUUGCGGUUGCUUUUAACAAAGAGGAGGUAAAUCCUCUAGACAUAUUCAACCAGAUUCAAAUAAUUCGGGAUGAAGUAGAUAGCCUAAGGACUGAGCUCGGUGUUGAGAGGGACAGGCGUAUUUCUUUGGAAAAAGCUUUAGGUAACAUGCGUUCUGAUUGUGAAGACAGUGGACCAGCUACUAAUGAACAACAAGUAGCUUUUUAUGCAUCGGUAUCGCCAUCCAUUACCGAAAUUCAGCCUUGGGAAACGGUCGUUUUUUCUCAGGUGGUUACCAACGAAAGAGGAGCAUACAAUUCUUCAACGGGGGAAUUUAAAGCACCUGUUAAUGGAACAUACGCUUUCUAUUCAAAUAUUCUGUCAGAUUGGGGAAAGUACAUUGAAACUUGUUUAAAAGUAAAUGGAGAGAUCAGGAUGUAUAUGUAUUCCGGUAGUCAAUAUCGUGGUUCAGGCAGUAAUAUGGCAUUGCUGAAACUGAAGGUUGGAGAUAUUGUCAACAUUGUAAAACAUGGAUCCGGGGGAUUGACGCCUUUUUAUAUACACCGUCGGUGGAGUACAUUCUCAGGCUUUUUACUUGUCUCCGACUAGAGCCUCUUUGGAUACCGAUCUACAUAAUUUUAUCACUAAAUGAAAAAACUAAGUUAUUGUGCAUAUAAGCAUUGUUACAGCAUAUAACAACAAAAAUAGGACCUUUCGUGAAUUGAAAUUUGGAAUUCUCUUCAAAAACCAAAAAAGAAAUAAGACAUGUGCCUUUUUUUCAUUUUCUUUUCUUUCUUUCUUUUUUUUGUUGUUGUUGUUGUUGCUUUUUAACUCUAUAAAAACUGUUGAUUUUUGUUUUAAUUUUGAGUUCAUUUCAAAUCUUCAUAUCAAAGUAAAUUUUUCAAUAUAUAUGUAUAAAUUUCCAUUAAUUUAACCAUUCAGUAAUAAUAAAACAAAUUAAGAAUUACCGUGCCGUUGCUAAAUAUCCAUCCGUUUUAGUUUGUUUUUCUUACGUUUAAUGAUAUAAUGUAAAUAUCACCGAUAAUGAAAAUAAAACUUAAAGAAUUCUA